AAAAGGAAUCAUCAUUGUGAGACUUUUGCAGUUUGAGAGAAGCAUUCAAAUCCAAUAAAUUCAACCUGAGGUGCUAGAUGGAUAAAUGUUAAUUUUCCAUAAACUUCAUGAUAAGUUGAGUUCCUUUUGGAGGUGACUUCCACCUUUUACAAGGUUGUGUUGUGCGCUUUGUAGCGCUGUGCAUGUCAGUGAGAGAUGAGACACAAUAUCUACAUGUACGUCAGAUCAGGAAGACGUGAAAAGUGACUGUUGACCUAUGUUUUGUAAAUUUUACAGAAAAAACUGUAUAAAGAAAACUAGAAAAACUAGAGCUAGACAACUCAAAGAAACCAAUCAACAGUCAUACUAUAAAAUUAUUUGUUGUAAAAAACACAGAAAAACUGAAAAAUCGUAUUAAAAUGUUACAGAGCUCCAUUAAACCCCAAAGGACCAAUACAUUUCUUAUUAUGUCUACCCAAAAAUUCCAAAAUCUAUUGUUUAUCAUAAUGUAGCAGCAAAAAAUUCAAAUUCUCCCCUUUUUAAAGUUCGAACCAUCAAAUAAUUCCUUUGUGUUUAUUUUAGAAUCAAAAUAUAUAUUAAUUAAUUGUAUUUUUGAUCGAAAAAGUCCACGAGUUUUGGAUAAAAACUCGAGAAAAAGAAGUAUCCCAGUUUUUAGAAUAUUGAAUAAACAUAUAUCUGUUUAAUACCUCUUUAUAUUUUGUAAAAAUGUUUAAUUAUAUAAAUAUUUCUUACUUUCUUUUAACUUUGAACCACAUUUAUGCUCUUAUUCUUAUUAUUGGAAAUGUCUUUGCUUUGUUUUAUUAGUGUUUGUAGAUGAGUACUGAGGCUUAUUUCUUAUUAUUUUUCAUUUGUUUAAUCAUUUUCACCAGUUCAACAAUAUAUUCCUUAGAACAGCUGUUAAGUUUGUCCCUUCAUGGCUUUAGAGCUGACUGCAGAUCAGUUUGUGUUCAACUUGAGAGCUGAUAAUUGACCACUAGGGGUCAGCAGAGGACUUCCUGUACCACCUCCACUGCUCCAUGUUUAACCAUCCACUCAGUGACUGGAACCUGUAAACAUUCCAGACACAAUGUUAAAGCUCAACAAGAGAAAUCUGGUGUAAAAUUAUGAUACAAGUGGAUUUAUUACAAAUUAUCUUAAAUAUAAUAAAAAAUUAUGAGACAAUGACUGGAGUAAAACAAGUAAAAUACCUAUUUACCUUUAAUAUUCUCUUCACAUUUUUAUUUUAUUUUUUAUUUUAAUAAGACUUAAGUGUUCUUUAACCUUCAUAAUGAAUCCUGAUCACCUGAUUUGUAAAACAUCUGUAUGACUUGAUUUUUUUUUUUUUUUUUCCCAAAUUGAUAAUACAUUACAAGAUUUUUUUUAAUGGCACAUAUUGAUCAGAAAACAGCACUGAAGGUGAGAUAUUUCAGUUUAACUUUUCAGUGUCACAUGUGGUGUAUUACAACUCAUUUUCCAUUUUCCUUGCAGUUUGUUUUAUUUUAUGUUUUCCUGUGUAUUGCUGUGUUUUGUUUUGUUUUUUCAUAUAAUCGCAGUGGAAUAUUAUAACAGUAAGGUAUUUAUUUUUUGCUAUUUUAUUCUUUAAUUUGUCUUUUGUUUUUAGGUGCAGCAUGUGAAUCUGAGCAUAGACUGAAGUAACUCUGGAGUUCAACACAGUUCAGGUGAUAAUCUGACUCAACCACUGACCACUUCAGCCUGACCAGAGGUCACUGAGUUAAAAUUUACGAUCCGCGUGGUGGUCGAAUGAUGAAGGUAUUUCAGGGUCUGGUUGGUCCAACAGUCCCUCAUGGCCAUAAAGAAGACCCUCCAAACCCCCAUGAAAGCCCAUAUAUACCCCCAGUGUUGUCACUCCUCAGUCUGUGACUCCGUCAGUCAGUCCCAGCAGCCUCAUCAUCUUCACAUUGUAGAGUCAGAGGUAAAAACAAGCCAAGAUGUCUGAGGGAAAGAAGAUGACAUCAAGCCGCAGGCAUCAUCUCAAGAGUUUGAUGCUGCAGAUUGCUGCUAACUGGCUGGAACAGGAGGCAAAGGAAACCGCCGCGGCCAAGGAGGCUUACAUGGCAGAGAACUGCCCCGCACCCGACCUGAGCGGAGACCAGGCAGCUAUGAUGGAGAUCUGCAAAAAACUGCACCAGGCUCUCGACAAGAUUGAUGAGGACAGAUACGACGCAGAGGCCAAAGUGGCAAAGACAGACAAGGAGAUCGAGGAGCUGAAGCUGAAGGUGGUGGAGCUGGCUGGAGUGAAGAAACCCGCCCUGAAGAAAGUGCGUAUGUCCGCUGACGCCAUGCUGCAGGCUCUGCUGGGAGGCAAACACAAGGUGACCAUGGACCUGAGGGCCAACCUGAAGCAGGUCAAGAAGGAGGUCAAAGAGGAGGCUGUCGAGGCGGUCGGUGACUGGCGUAAGAAUGUGGAGGAUAAAGCAGACCGGAAGAAGAUGUUCGAGACUUCUUAAAGACUUUGAAAUUUCCAUUUUCUCCUCCUCUUUCUGCUGUUACAUCCAAACUUUCGCUUGGAUUUGGGAAAACUCAUGCCAUUAAAUCUUUGUUUUUGGAUAAAACAAAAACUUUCAUAAUGUGUUUUUUUUCCCAAAUGAUGUUUUGGAAUUUAUGAAAUUUUAGACAUUUUUACCAGGAAUUAUCCUCGAUGUAUUUCAUUAUAUGCCCUAAAACAAAUUUAAUUUUCAUUGAUGUUUUUUUAAUUAAUAACCAAUUUGACACAAAACACCAUUAUAGGUUCUAAUACAUUUGUUAGAUGAUUGACUGAAUCUGUAACGUCAGACAUAAUCCAAGUCUGACAUUGGAAUAAAGACGAAUAAUAUGG